AUGAAGGCCUCACUUUUCAUUGCGGCUACUGGCGCGGCCAUUUCUAUGGCUCAGCCUCUUGCAAAGCGUGCUAUCAUUACAGAGUUGGUCAUUGAGACUGCUAUGGUCACCGAAACCGUGACGGUCAGCUGUCUUGCUGGACAGUCGGUAAAGCCUACCACUGUUGAGCAGCCUGUUCCGACUACGAUCAUCAUCAAGCCUUCGUCCAGCAGCACGUCGGUCGCACCGGUUAUCCCAUCCACCACCAGUGUUGUGGUUCCCGUGAUUACAACCACCUCUUCCUCGAUUGUUGCUCCUCCUCCCACGACGACUUCAGUGUCCUCGGCACCAGCACCAACCACGACUUCCACGUCUGCACCGGCGCCCACCACCACCUCUACAUCUGUCGCUCAGCCAACAACCUCGACGUCUUCUUCCGCCCCCGCCACUCCUACUGGAUACGAGGACACCAUGUUGUACCACCACAACAUCCACCGUUCCAACCACUCCGUUGUCGCUAUGGAGUGGGAUACCACACUCGCUCAGUAUGCUCACAACAGUGCCAGCAACUGUGUCUGGGAGCAUGACAUGAACCAAGGCGAUGGCGGCUACGGUCAAAAUCUCGCCUCUUGGGGAUCAACUGGCGACAUCGAUGACCUCCAGAUCUCGACUGGUGCUGCUGCUGUUACUGAGCAGUGGUACAACGGCGAGGAGCCUCUGUACUCGUCAUUCUACGGUUUGGCUGACCCUGACAUGACCGACUUCCACCUCUGGGGUCACUUCACUCAGCUCGUCUGGAAGGAUUCCACCCGUGUUGGUUGUGCUACCGUCAAGUGCGGUGCUGGUACUGUUCUGGCUUACCAGGGAUGGUACACCAUCUGCAACUACGGCACCCCAGGCAACUACGCUGGCGAGUACGGCAAGAACGUCUUGUCACCCCUGAAGCAGGGCACAAUCAAGGUGACGAUUGACGAGUAG